AUGUACCCCUCGCCCGUGCCGCCGCCGCCCCCGCCGCCGCCGCCGCCCCCGCCGCCGUUGUCGGCCCCCCCGGCGCGCCUGGCCCCCAGCACCCCGCCGCCGGCGGCCCGCUCGCGCAUUCCCCUCGAUGUCGAGGAAAUCAUCAUCCUCUCCUCCUCGCCUCCCGAGCCGGAGGACGAUGCCCAGCGGCUUCCCCACAGCCUGUCCGACGGGGCGGCCUCCUCCCCCGGCUGCGCGACACAAUUCACGCCGCUCUCGCGCCGGCACCGGCCCUGGGCCAGCAUGCCGACCGGGGGCCUUGGCCUGGGCACCGAUUCGCUGGCGGCCCCCCUGCUGGAUGAUGGUCCCCCCUCGGACCAUGCCCCGGGCCGGCGGGCGUCCCCCUCGCCCGAUGGCACCGGCACGCUGGCCACCUCCACCAUCACCUACGCCAGCAGUGCCCUGAGCGAGCAGCUCGGCGACAUUCGAUCUCUCUGGUCCCGAGGCCACGAGCCGGAGGUGGCCCUGGCCCGACAGCUGGCCGUCCUCCAGCGCCAAUUGAUGGUUGCCCACCCGCCGCCAGGGGCUGGCCUGCUGGCCGGCCCCGCCGGCGCCGCCCCGCGCCCCGGCCCCCCACCGCCGGCCGGCGUCUCUUCACAUACCCCCUGCUCGCCGGAGACAUCGCCCACGGCUCCGGAGCGAGAUCCCCUCUUUUCCCUGUCCCCCUCGUCGCAGGUGUCCUACGAGCAGCGCCACGGCUCGCCACGCAUCAAGGCCGAGCCCCUGACCUCGCAGCCUUUUUCCGCCUCGGCCGGCUGCCCCGAGGAGUAUGCCGGCCUGCUGCUGGCCGACCUGGCGGACCAGAGCGACCUCAUGCUCCAGGACUUUAUCGACAGCGUUUCCAGCAGCAAGCCCACCGGCCUGCUGUCCUUUCCCCCGCCACCGGCCCCGGCUGUGGCUCUGGGCAUCGGGCCGCGGCCCCCCUACCUGCGACAGCCUGCCCACCACCCGAGGCCACACCCCUCACAUGGAGGGCCAUCCCCGCGACCGGGGAUGCCCACGCCCCCGGGGCCGCCUGCACGCCCGGGGCCAGCCACCUAUGUGGCCCCGCCCGCGCACCCGGGGCCACCUGCACAUUCAACGCGCCUGGUGCGCCCUCCCCCAUCGUAUGCCCCCGGCUCCGGGCCAUCUGCCACACCGGCAGCCCGCGGGGGCUCUUCCACCACGGCCCCCUUUGCCAGCACACCCGCGCCAUACCUCCAAACCCGGACCAGCUCCCUGCCCGGGGCGGUCGUCUCAUCGGAGGAUGUCCUCCACACCUUCCCGGGCCUCAGCCCGGCCGACAUUCUCUCCCUGCUUGACGACUUGGACGACCUCGACGGCUGCGCCUUCGACGAAUAGAGCCACACAAUCCUUGCCGA